UAUCGGCGUGUAAGAUAUCAUCUUUGAUCGAAGGGUUUAUUUGCGUGUUGUACCAUUGCAAAAAUUGUUUAGAUAUAGUAUUACAGCUCCUUUUGUGAAGGAAUACCAGAUCUUUCGACUCGACAUACAAAAUCGUAGUCUUUACCGACUGUGCCUCUGAGUUUUAUCGAUUACUGGUCAAUUCGUUCUGGGGCGUAUAGUGAAAUUAGUCUGCAAAAGCAGGAACUUUCGUGGACCUGACGGAAAUGACAGACAAUUUGAGGAAUCCGUGUCUUACAAUGCAUCAACCCUGGGCUUCGCUGUUGGUGCAUGGGAUCAAGCGGGUUGAAGGCCGCUCUUGGCCUGCGCCCCUCCGAGGUCGUCUGUGGAUUCAUGCAGCUGCAAAAGUUCCAGAGCCUGCCACAAUCCAAGCUAUGGAGGAGUUUUAUAAAGAAAUAUAUAGAAUUGAUGGAGUGACAGACAUAAAGUUUCCUGAAUAUUAUCCAGUUUCUCAACUUCUAGGUUGUGUUAAUGUAGUGGGUUGUGUAAAACGUGAAGAACUUGUCUGCUGGGAUGAACUUUCAAAUGGUGUACGUAUGGAAGGACAGACAGACUUCUGCUGGCUCUGUGAGGAUCCACAGAAAUUAGUGGUUCCUUUUGAAAUGCGUGGAUAUCAAGGUGUCUAUAACCUAGAAAGGAAGAUUUUUGCCUCAGCAGUGAGAGGCCUUAGGCCAAUGCAGAGCCCACUACCAGUAAAAUUUGCUCUUCCAGAUCCAUCAAAUUCCUUCUCCUUGAAGCCUGGAGCUCUCACUACUCGUAUUAGUUCAUUAACAGAGAAUUUGGUAAAGACACCUGGCUUGGAUGCAGCAAUUGCAGGAGCACGAGCAGCUGCAACACAGUUCUCAAGAAAAGGGCAAGACGCUAGGGAAGAAUCAAGUCGAGUCAAGUCUGACAGGCAAAAAGAACAAGGCAUCAAAUCAGAAUCAAGGAAAACUGGGUCUGAUAGUGCAAUAGAGCAAGGUGGUGUUCUUGAAUCAGGCCAAAUUAAAUCACAGGCUGUUCAAUCCAAGGCCAAUCUAGUCAAGUCAUCUCAUUUGAAUGCAACAGCUACAGGAGCAGCUGCAGUGCCAGAAGAGAUGAUGCAUGAGGAAGAUAGCAGACCACAAUCAAAUCGAUCUAUAACAUAUAGGAGAAAACAAGUUGACAGGGUUCAUUCAAAUCCCUCUUCAUCUAGGAUUUUUGCAGCAGCAGUAAGAGGCCUCAAACCGAGUUGAGGUCAAGCGUCUGUUGAUUUUCCAAAAGUAUGCAGUGAAACCCUGGAGCUGAUCUAAUCGUGUUUCUGUGAAAGAAAACUUUUCCUCAGACUAAAUCAUGGUAGUUCGGAUGCUCUCAGCCAAAAAAACAGUUGAGGACGACAUUUUCAUGGUAGCAGAAUUUGUUCAGCCUGAGUUGAAAUGUCUUCUACUCUUGUACAUUACCAGCAUCUAUGAUGGCCACACACUUGUUAAAUUUGCUGCGGUUGUCAUAUGUUUAAACUGUACAUUAUCAGAAGUUUGAAAUGAUUUCUUUUUAUUUGGAUGCAUCUCUCAUAUUGUGGGGAACUUUCAGAGUUCUCCCUGUAUGUUCAGAUGUGAUGGUAGGUGUCUGACUCGUGUUGUUGCUGGAAAUCUGCUUUUCAAUUCUAUGAGACAGAGACACAUGCAGAGGAGAACAGACACAUCCAAAGGACAGCCUUCACUUCUAUUAUCUAUGUUUCUGUUCUACAAGUCAUGACAAUGAUAUCAAUUAUGGACCAUGCAAAAUUUUUCAAUGCUUGAUGCUUUCUACUUUAAGCUGUAACAGGCUUUUGAAUAAGUAAUUUGCCUUUCUAUUCUGUGUUGUAAAAACACAUGGAUGUA